GGCAGUCCGAAGUGCUGACGUCACGGCGCGACGCUGCUCCGCGGCCUGCAGUUGAUGCUGAGCCUGAGCCAACGCCAAAGCCAGAGGCCCGGGAACAACAUGGAGCCACCACCUCGCACUUCUCCCAGUUGAGUGCUUCUGGCAUUCGGUAAUCUGUGCCAUGGCAGUGAUUGAAGGAGUCGGUGAUGAGGUCACCAUACUCUUCGGCCUGGUUCUCACAGUGUUAGUGUUAGUCCUGGCCUGGGCUUCCACUCGCACUGUGGAACGAGCUGAUCAGGACCCGCGACCAGCUGAGGAUCCCCCUGUAAUUGCCCCACAGGAGCAGCAGCCCCACUGCACUUCUCUGGGCAACCACUCACCAGACCAAGGAGAAACUGCAAUCAACACAGCAGAGUCAGACUGCACUGCUGAGGAGUACGAGCAGAGCGAAGAGGAGGAGGAGGAGGAGGAGGAGAGGAAGGAGCAGAGUGAAGAGGAGGAGAGGAAGGAGCAGAGCGAAGAGGAGGAGGAGAGGAAGGAGCAGAGCGAAGAGGAGGAGGAGAGGAAGGAGCAGAGCGAGGAGGAGGAGAGGAAGGAACAGAGCGAGGAGAAGGAGAGGAAGACACAGAGCAAGGGGGAGGAAGAGAGGAAGGAGCAGAGCGAGGAGGAGGAGAGGAAGACACAGAGCAAGGGGGAGGAAGAGGAGAAGACGCAGAGGAAGGGGGAGGAAGAGGAGAAGAUGAUGCAGAGCGAGGGGGAGGAAGGGAGAGUGAAUCAGUAUGAGGAGGUGGCACCUCCAGCAAAAACAAAAGGGAAUAAAGUGGAGAAAGAGGUUUUAGCCAAACAUGAGACAUCUCCCACCGAGAAAGGGGCUGAGCAGCUGGAUAUUGAUGAUGUGCCUGAAUUGCUUACCUCACCACAUGAUCCUGUGCAGUUACGUCGGCGAGUGACCUCUGCUGGUGAUAGGGAGGAACCGGAGACUCUAAACAUUGAUGACCAAAGCUCAGACAGUGACACCACUGAGGACAACUUCAUCCUGCUGAGGCUAAAAUUUUUGAAUGACACUGAGAAAAUAGCUCGGGUUAGACCUGAAGACACGAUUGGACACGUAAAGAGGAUUCACUUUCCUCACCAGGAACACCAGAUCCGGCUGAUCUAUCAGGGGCAGCUACUUGGAGACGACACACGGACGCUCUCCUCGCUUCACAUCAUCAAUAACUGUGUCAUUCAUUGCCAUAUCUCGCAGAAUGCCACACCACAGUCACCCGCAGGGAGUCAUGCAGCUGAGCACACUGAGACCACGCUCAACAUUGGGGGCCUAAUGUUGCCAAUCUUCUUCCUCAUGCUUUCGGUACUGUGGUAUUACCAGAUCAACUACCGACAGUUCUUCACAGCACCUGCCACCAUCUCACUUGUGGGCAUCACCAUUCUAUUCAGCUUUGUGGCUUUUGGAGCUUACAGGCGGUGAGAUUCUAGCCACAGCCAAUCCUGGAACCAGUCACCAGGGAUGACAAGCUCUACUUUUUAUCAAUUAAACUCAAGAUGGUUUAGAAGGCCUGAUGAUUAUAUUAUUGCUGUGAUUUAACUUUUUUGUGAUAGGGCUGUGAUUGACAAUGCUAUUUUCAUCCAUAAAGCUCAUUGUAGCUUUUGGCUGGAGUCUGGACAUUUUUCAGACUUCCCAUAUCCCUCCACCAUUUCCACAGAGGGGACAGUGGAACUCUUAUCCUGGUGGUGACCUGGAGGUAGACCCAUCAAGAAGGAAGAGCAGACUGUGCCGCAGCCCCUUUCUUUAUUAAAUGGACCUGCUGCUGGUGGAAUUGACUUUUCCAUUACACUGUGGACUGACCAUUUGAAACUAAAAUUUUUAUAGCAAAUGCAAAGCUAUUAAGCGCAUCAUAGCCCUGCUAGCUCUUUGGGCCAAUCCCAAAUUCAUUUCCCAAUGAUGCUUCAUAUAGUCUGCCAGUCAUGUUUCAAUUUUCUCCCUCAUUCUAAAUUUCUUAACUAAUGAAAAUUCUUUCUCGUCACCUCGUUCCUCUUGAUAUUUUCAUCCUUCCAUCAAAUCUGUAAGGUAGAUGCCAGGAAUUACCGACCCAAAUUGGACUAACCCCAUCAAAUCUCACCCUAAAUUGAAUUUAGGUAUCAAUCUGGUAAAUCCACAAUGCCCUCUUAUGAAGGCUAGUAUAUUCUUCCUAAUGUGGUGGUGCCCUGAACUGUGUGUAAUGCUUCAGGUUUAGGUCAAGCCAGGAAUUCGUACAGCUGAAGCUUGCCUUCUACUCCCUAGUAUUCUAGUCCUUUCUGUACAAGUGUCAGCAUCCCAUGAGGUUUUUGAUUUCUACAGCAGUUCAUUACUUUUUGAUCUGUACAUCCAGCUGGCCCGCAAGUAUCUUUUUCACCAUUUACAGGCUUCUCACCGUACACCAAAUAUUCUAUUCGACUAUUUUUGGGACCUCUCAUUGGGCAAAGAUGAACUCUCUUUUCCCAUUCACAAUCCCAUCAGUAUUUGAGUUUUGCUGUUUCAUCUACAAUGCUUAAACUGCCACCUGUAUUUGUGUCAUUGGUGAACUUGGAUAUGUGGCUUUAUAGCACAUCUGAAUAAACAUGGUAUAUAGUGA